AUGAAGACCACAAGCACACAGAGCAGGUCGCGCGGGGGCGACAUGUCGCUGCUGGACCUGCACCUGGCGGGGGGCGGCCCGCUGUCGACGAUCGUGACUACGUGCCUGGACGACGCGGGACGAACGGCGCUGGCGGCGGCGUCGUCGGCGUGCAUGGCGCGGGUGAUGGAGGCCGCGGACGGGUGCACGUGGAAGCCACCGAGCAUCGCUGUCGCGCGCAGCGUGGCGGAGCGGCUGUGUGCGCAGGGCAUGGACGGGGCGACGCGGUCGACGGUGGAGUGGGCGGACGGAGCGGUGAGGAGAUGGACGCGGGCGGGCGGGGCGGUGGGCGACGCGUCGGCGAUCGUGGCCGUCCGUGGCGACCGUCCAGAGUCCCACCAAGAGCUCUUGACCGCAGACAUGAGGGGGGUGGAACGCAUCGAGAUCGACCUGGACCUGGGACCGAGCGUUCACGAGGUAUUCCCAGAGCUCGCAACGGACGCGUGGCUGCCCAAGCGUGUGCGGCCGGGCCUGCGACGGCUCGCUGUCACCGGCAUUGAGAAUCUACGUCGCGUGCCGCCAGGGCUGACGUCGCUCGAGGAACUCGAUGUAUCUUGGUGCGGCAAUCUGGCGGGAGGAGACCACUGGCUGCCGGCCAGCUCCGCGGCCAAGCUCAAGAAGCUCAGCGCGUCAUGCACGAACGUCACCCGCUUCCCCCCGGACAUGGCCUGCCUCGAGGAGCUGCAUGCGCCGGGCAUCAAUGGCGAGGAGUGGCUGCCGGAGAGCUCGGCGAGGAGCAUCAGGGUGCUGCGGAUGGACGAGCUGAACAAGCUGCCACGGGGCCUGGACGCGCUGGAGGAGCUGCGGAUCGAGCUGCAAGACAUCCCCCUGGGUGGCGACGAGGAGCGUCUGAGUGAGGCGUACUUUGCGCCGCUGACCGGCGGGUGCCUGCGGCUUCUCGAAGUGUGGCCAUCCAGCACCAUGGACAGCAUCGUCGGCAUUUUCGCGAGGUUCGGGCAGCUCGAGCGGCUCAACUUGGCCAACUGCUCCCUGCCCGAGCCCUUCGCUCUGGACGAGUAUCGCAUGGACCACCUCAAGGAGCUCGAUCUGAGCUACACCACGGUGCGGCGCUUGCCGCGGGCGCCGAUGCUGGAACACCUAAACCUCUCUGGUUGCCGGGACCUCGCGGUGGACUUCCUGGACGCCGGCUCGCGCGCGAACGUCCACACGCUGUGCGCGAACAACAGCGACAUCAGGCGCGUGCCGUCGGGAAUGUGCGCGCUGACGGAGCUCCGGUUGGGCUCCUGCGUUGAUCUCGCGGAGGGCUUCCUCGACGACAGCUCCGCGGGACGCAUCAAGGCGCUGUCGUACACGGGCGAUCUGGCGCGGCUGCCGGCGAGCAUGACGUCGCUGGAGCGGCUGAGCGUCAGCUCCUGCUCGGGGUGGGUGAGGGCGGAGGUGGCAGCGGGCGUGCGCGUGCUGAGCUGCGACUUCAUGACAGUUCGCUCGACGGCAGGGAUGUGCGCGCUGGAGGAGCUGGAGUUGCAGAAAUGCACCCUGCGGGGCGAGGCGUGGGUGAGCGAGGAGUCGGUGCCAACCUUGCGGCGGCUGAAAUUGAAUCGCUGCCGUGGACGGGCGCUGCCGGGAGGGUUGGCGGCGCUGGAGGAACUGUCCGUUGGCUGGUGGGAUCACUCGCUGGCGCUGGAGCUGCCAGCCACGUCGGUGGCGAAGCUGAGAUGCGUCCGCGUCCACGAGUGCGUGUUGCGACGCCUCCCUGCCAACAUGGAGAGCCUUGAGGAGUUUCGAACCGAACUCAGCGUGGUCAUCGAUGCCGACUGGCUUCCGGCCAGCUCGGCGCGCAAGUUGAAGCACCUGGGCGUGCCCUGGCACGAUCCGGAAAUCCUGGGCGGCGACCCCGGCGCACGGCCACCGCGCACUGGACUCGACCCGCUCCCCCCGGGAAUGACGGAGCUCGAACACCUCGAUGUGUCAAGCUGCGAGUGGCGCGACCCGAACGACUUCCUGCCCACGAGCUCGGCAGCGAGUCUGAGGAGCCUAGUCGCCGAGCUCAGCAAUAUUCGCCGCCUGCCGCCAGGGAUGGUUGCGCUGCGGGAAGUCGACGUUCGUCGCUGCGGAAGUCUGGACGCCGACUGGCUCCCGAGGAGCUCCGCGGCGAGCGUGACGACGCUGAAAGCGUCCGGGAGCAACCUGCGCUGCUUGCCGAUUGGAUGUUCGAACCUCGAGACCGCGGAGUUGUGCCAUUGUCGGGAACUGCGGAAGCACGACUGGGUUGCGAGGCGCUGGGCGGGGCGACUGCGGGAAGUGGACCUGACUUGCAGCGGCGCCGCGAGCGCCCCCGCAUGGGCCACGUUUCGGUGUCCUGGGCUAGAGUGA